GGCAAGCUGUGCUUUUUACUGCGCCGUUUCAGUUUCAGCUCAGCUGUUGAUCGCGAGUGACGCGACGUGAGUGAUAUCAUACGCAUUACGCCUUAAAUAACGCGCCCGCAAAAUAAUCCGCUAAAGUGCAACCCAAGCCGAGAUGAAUCCAGCCGGCAACGAUGGACAGAGCAGGUAAUUUGACAAAAUGAAGUUUCUUGUGCUGUGUACGCUCGUAGCCGGUGCUGCUGCAGGAUACUCCGCCUCUACCUACCGGGAUGGCAAAGCAACAGGUCUUUAUAAUCAGGUCCCCGCUGGUGUCGACUAUGCUGACAAGUUCCCCCAUGGUAACACAGGUUACAACGGCGGCUACACGACGCACUUCUCCGGACCGAACGGUGCCGGCGUGGCGGUAGGAACUGGCACCGGUAGCUUUGCGCCCGGGUUCGCCGGCUUCCCCGGCCCGACGGUAGACUUCAACAACUUCUUCCAGGGCAUCCAGGCGAACUUUGCAAACUCGAUGACGCAAUCCUAUUCUGAGCCGGGAGCGACGGCAUCAGCGUCAUCAUCACUCCUGGAUCCCGCAUGGCGCAAACCAACGUAUCAACAGCACAACUUGUAUCAGCAGCAGUUUGCUCUGCAGCAAGCUCUGUUCCAGCAGCAGCAGGCUGCCUUUAAUGGAGGGUUCGGUGGGCCUGGUUUCGGAGGUGCUGGUUUCGCAGGCGCUGGAGCCGGUACCGGCUUUGGUGGUUUCCCGGUGUAUGGAGCUAACUUUGCCAGCGCUCCGAACUAUAUCCAAAAUCGCUUCCCAGCCGGUAACUUCAACGGUGCCAGCUCUUCUGCUUCGUUCGGACCGGGUGGAUUCCACCAGACGGCUGCAGUCUAUCCCGGCAAUCCGGCUGUACCGAAUGUAGACACCCGUUUCGGUGGUUCGGAACAGGCGACCAGCUUCCAGAGCGGCAAACCAGGAUUCGUCGGUGUGUCCAGCUUCUCGUCCUCCUCCAAUAUUAACGGCCAGACGCACCGCGAAGCAGUGACGACGGUGAACGAUAAUGGCAAGGUGACGACCCAUCGCGUCCACUCUUAAACUGCGCCUUCAAUGACAAUCACCAGCAUGCGACAACGGACGAAAUGCCUGACCCUGGAUUUGCAGAACAACGGAACAACGACUUAGAGUAGAGACAAUCUCACGACCUACCCUCUGAGAGUGCAGUCAGCUUUGCUCCGGUGGAGCUUAACAUUAAAUUCAACACAAGCAAUGUGUCAGUGUACACCUUCUCAGGAUCGAGCGGACCGAAUGCGGAUGCAACUACUACUACUACUACUGUGUGCUGUGCGGACAUGUGAGGUGGUAGCGAGGCGAUAGUCUACCGGACACUAAACUUGUGUAGGAGUGUGUGUGUGUGUGAAUGUAUUUUUAGCGAGCGAAACGUACUUAUGUGCUAAAAAUUUUACAACUUUACUAAGCAUUUCGAUAAUUUUAUCCAAUAUGUAAGACUGUCCACACCUGUCCACACCUGGUGAUCGACAAUAAAGCAGAAG